CUCCUCCAGCUUCAGUCAGUCAGUCAGUAGCGGAUCCUUCUCUCCUUUCCUCCGGGCUGAGGAGCCUUCAUCCCGUCAGGCUCAGUCCCCCCCCCCCACCAUGCGCGCUCCAGCCGCUGCGCUCUCCAUGGUUCUGUUGCUCCACCUGUGGUUCGGACCGGUUCUGUGCGCCGCGGCCAGAAUCCAGCAGCUCAACGAGCGACCGAUCAUCGGUGUUUUAGCACAAGAAAACCUUCCUGAGGACCGCUUUGCUCGUGGUUCCUCCUACAUUGCUGCUUCCUACAUCAAAUUCCUGGAGAGUGCUGGAGCCAGGGUUGUUCCCAUCAGAAUCAAUCGCACAGAAGAAGAAUAUAUAAAGAUAUUCAACUCCAUAAACGGGCUGCUGCUUCCCGGUGGAGACGUCGACAUCCAAACCUCCCAGUUCAGUCGAGCCGCCAGGAUCUUUUACAACUUGGCUUUGAAGGCCAACGAUGCGGGCGAUUACUUUCCUAUCUGGGGGACAUGCCAGGGCUUCCAGCAGCUCUCUGUCCUCACGGCUCGGAAGAAUCUGCUCACCCUGACCAAGACCAAGGCCGUGGCUUUGCCUCUCCUUCUCACUCCAGUGGCCCAAUCCAGUCGCUUAUUCAGGAACUUCCCCAAAGAUGUGCUGCAGUCUCUGGCCAAUGAAAACAUCACCUCCAACUUCCACAGCUGGAGUCUCUCCAUGCAGAACUACAGCCGGAAUGGCAAACUGAAGAGGUUCUACAAAGUUCUGUCCACCAACAGCGACGGAGAGAAAGAGUUCAUCUCCACCAUGGAAGCGUAUCGGUAUCCAUUCUACGCAGUGCAGUGGCAUCCAGAGAAGAGUCCUUUUGAGUGGAUCGAUAAACCAGGCAUGGUUCACACCGUCGCUGCUGUGAGAGUCAGUUUCUACACUGGAAGCUUCUUCGUCUCAGAAGCCAUGAAGAGCCAGCACCGGUUCUCCAAUCCUGCUGAAGAGGACAAAGCUCUUAUCUAUAACUUCUCUCCUGUCUACAGAGGCUCUAACGCCAUCUUUGUUCAGAACUAUUACUUCGAUUGAUGAACGUCGAUGAGGCAUUAAAGGAUCUGGAUCAGAUUGGUCAAAGUUCCUAAAAAACACUUUAAUUAGCUCAACACACACAUCAUUAGAAGAAAGAUUACCAAAGUAUUUUAGAGGAAAUACUCAUAAAAAAAUCCUAAUGACAAAGCAGUAUAGAGCGUAUGCGGGGUCGCCAUCAUCUGACUCAGUGCUAAUGCUAGCAUUAAGCUGAUCAGUCAUUUGAGGUAAAUAUGACAUCAGAACUUAUUAGACCAAUGUAUUUCCAUUUCCUCUUUACUGCCUUUACUCUUUUUUUAAGAAGUCGAAAACCAUCUCAAGCAAAUAUAAAAAAAAUUCAUUUAGUCGAUUUGAGACUUCUGGAACUCCUAUCUUUGAACAAACCAAGCUAGCCCGUUUCAAUCUAUGGCCGUUUCUCAGUAUGUCUACUUUUGUGUUCUCAUGUGCUCGUAAAACAUCAUUAACCUCAGCCCUAGCACUUUUCCAAUUCACAAGAGCAAAAGUCAGAGAACGGACAAGUACCCGGAUGUUGUUCACGCCCCUAUGUCCAGUAUGCAUCAAAGCAGAUUUGUCCAUUCUUGACUUUGAUAGCUGUCCCAGCAUGCACUUCGGCAGCAGCAGCUUCCAAUGAAGCGCUCGCAGAGCUCCGAGUAUUAAGUUAAAACUACUGUUGCACUGAUAUCGAUACCAGUAUCAUGCGGGGCCCCGAUCCAGCACUAAGAUGGUGGUAUCCUAUCGGCGAGUACCAAUAAAUAGGGCACAGAUACCAUUUGAGAGCCAAAAGUUUAUUCAGCUAUUGUCACCCAUUCCAUGUAGGCUAUAC